CUUUCUAAUGGGUUGAUCAAACAAGCGCUAUCAUCGACUUAUGCUGCGAGCACUCGUCUUAGUUAAGGACGACUACUUCUAAACAUAUCAUUUUUGCGUGAAGUAAAGCACAGUGGUCAUGGUGAAUGCCAGAGUAAUUUUCCUCUUUUUACUCACGUGUUCCAUUUUGAAGUGUGGAAGUUUAGUAAGUAGAGGAAAGAAAAAGCAUACGGCAGCCUAUCAAACCUUUGACAAAGUAAAAAAGCAACAAGUUGUUGUUCCGCUGACAAACCUUCCGCCCGAUAGCUACGUUCGCAACAAUAUGAUGCCGUCACAAAUUCUGCAGUUGGACGGAACAAAUGAGCUCAGUCCUUUAAAGUCGCCAAAUACUGUCUUCGUAAAUGGUGAAAAUCAAGAGGACCAGAAUUACCCUCUAAUAGAUGAUGGUCACCAAAUGGAUCCCAACGAUGAACCGUAUCAAGGGUUACCCACUGAAGACAACACUUACAACACAGCCUACUCGUCUUUGUUCGGGAAUGAGAUGGCAGAUUACAAUGAUGUUGACAAUAAUGACGAUAACAACGUGGCCCCCAAGGACAAUGAUGGCCAAGCUACUUAUGAUGAGCAAUCGAACGAAGAAUACCUAAACGAUGACACUAGAGAAGAACAGGAUCCACCGGUGAGGACCAUGGUACCAGAAUUCAACAAUUACCAAAAUAAUUAUGCUGCCAUGCAAGGUGCUCUCAUUCCUACGCUAUCUGGCCUAAUUUCCUCUCGAAUAAGAGCAAUAAAAAGAUUAAACUUACUCGAUAAAACGCAGCACACAUCUACGCCGUCAAAGUAUGCGCCUUUGGUAAAACAGAUCCUUAAAACUAGAGUUCGAGGAGGUGAAAAAUUGUCCAGCUUACUUUCGGAAGGUGUGGCAACUAAGAAGAAUAACGCAACCCAAAUUCAGAGCCAUAAUCAGCAGUCCAGCGACACCGACGAGACUAAGAUUACAAUAGAAGAUACUAAAAAGGAAGAACUGAGAUACAAGAGUAUGCUAAAAAGUGCUGAAAUGGCAGCAAAUCUAGCCGAUGCCGCAAAGACUCUGACGAAGCUUGUGAAGAAAUUGACAGCUCAAGAUGCAAAGAUCGCUAAAAAACCAGAGGAGGAGCGUACGAAACAUAACCAUAACAACGGAGACAGCUCUGAGGAUGGUGAGCGAUGGUCAGAAUGGUCCAAGUGGUCACAUUGUACGACAACUUGUGGUGGAGGAUUAACUUAUUCCAAACGCAGGUGCAUGAUUCAUCUUCCUUCAGGUCACGGACAGAACUGUACCGGCAAGAGUAUCAAGGUUCGACUCUGUCACCUUAACAGCUGUAAAUCCACUGAAACAAAGGAAGUAAACCUAGAGCGCACGUUAAGUGAAAUGGCAGAGGACAGAAGUCAUAUUUACAGGCCAUCAGUAUAAUAAAUGGACAAUAGAUUAAAUAAGAAUUAUUCUAAUUUGCAGA